AUUGUACCGGUACCGGCUGAUUGAUGAUAUCGGGGGAAAAUUUCUUACGAUUGACGAACGCUUUUUUUUAACGACCUUUCCUUUUCUCCCCUCACAAAAUGCGUUGCGCUGCACGAGCACCAACGCUUCUCUCCCUCCUCUUCACACUCCUUCAUCACUCAAUAGCAUCACCAAUACCCGACCCCAUUCCCCAGGUUUCCUGCAAUUUCUCUUCUGGGCAGACGAGUUGCGGUUCAAUUUGCUGCACGGAUCGCCAGGAUUGUACAUCUGAAGGACAGUGCACUGAAAAACCCAACUCGGGAUCCGGGUCUAACUCUAAUAGUCAAGGAUCAUGGCAGUUUUUCACCCGUACCUGGACUGAGACUGGCCUGGUUACCAGGACCUCAGUCUACUCUAGUUUCAUCCCCUCCGCGACGGCUGUUAACCCUUCUGCCUCCAGGGCCCCCUCAUCAACUUGGAACCCACCUUCCCUUACAUCUUCCAUCCGCAAUCCUUCUGGUUCUGGAGGCUCGAGUGGUGACUUUAUUGCUACCAUUACCAAUGGCGCAAGUUUCACCCCACCAACCCGACCAACAGAGUCCUUCAAUGGCGGCGUUAUUGGGGGCGAUGAAUCCGGUUCGAAAAUCUUGGUCCCGACUGUCACCGGCACAAAUACCUUUUUGGUCCCUGUUCCCACUGGAUCUCUCGGAUUUGGCGGUGUUGUAGGGGGAGAUUCUGGUGGCGGUGGUCUUACGGGCGCACAGAUUGGUGGAAUCGUGGGAGGUGUACUGGGAGCCUUGUUCUUGAUCGCUUUGAUUCUCUUUUGUUGUUGCGUCAAAAAGGGGUUCAAGGGAUUCUUCGGCUGGCUCAAUUCCUUCGGUGGCCGCCGUCGCCGUAAAGAAACUGUCAUCAUCCAGGAGAGCCAUAGUCAUGGAAGUCACCACCACCAUGGCGGUGCAGCGGCAGCAGCGGGUGCGGGAGCUGGUGUAGGAUUCCUAGGCGGAAUGUUUGGAAGACGACCAGCGCAGAAGAUCACGACUACCACCACCCACACCCAGGAGCAUCACACCAUCCAUGGUCAUCACGGUGCAGGUGGCGCUGUCGGAUCUCACCAUUAUGGAUCCAGUCACCACGGUCAUGGAGGUGGCGUUGGUGUUGUGUCUGGGGUAUCUGGUGGCCAUCACGCCUCUAGCGGCGGUCACCAUCAUGGAAGUGGUGGUUUGGCGGCACUGAUAGGGGGUGCCGCAGCCGGCUUUGCCAGUAUGUUCUCAGGCAGGCGCCGGACUCGGGUCAGUGAGAAAUACGAUACCAGUGGCGAGAGCUACUCGGACAGCGACUUUAGUGAAUCACCGAGCGAGACUGGUACCUCAUCCGAAAGCACGUCUAGCAGCUCCUCUUCAAGCAGCAGCAGCUCUAGUAGCUCAUCCGAUAGGUGAUCAUGAUAAUUCCCCGUUGAGUUUCCGCGGCGAUUCCGUUCUGCUGUGUGAUUUUAACGUUAUUUUUUUCUUCCCCCCUCGGACAGAUGUUUAUGAGAUUGGCCCCUUCCUAUAUUCCUAUUUUCAGUUUUUUUCUUUCUUCAUUCUGUGGAAAGAGUGGGGAUGGCUUCCUUUACUUUGAUCUUUCCAAACCUUUUCCAUAUUUCCAUUUUUUCUUACAAACUGUACGGCAGCAUAGGAUGGACAGCUCUCCCCAUGGGUGAGAGAAGGGUGUAAUUGGUGAUGGUUAUAGUGUUUUCGCUAUUUGUUGGGGAGGAGUUGAUUGAUUUCGGUUUCUUGUUGGAGAGCGGCACGCUUUAUCUCCAAAAAAAAAAAAAAGGUAGCGGCGACGGAAUGUUGGGGGGGAUGGUUGGGGAAUGUUGUGGCGGUUAUAACGUAUUGGAAUGUAGACAUGUGUUAUGUAUUUAACUAGCUGGUGGCGAUGGAGGGAAUGGAAUAAACAGUUGGAUCAUG